UUAUUAAUCUUUAAUACUUGUAGUUAGUGGGCAUCGAAUUUCACGAAUGCAUCGAAAAGUUUGAAAUACGAAGUUCACCGAAGCUCUUUCAACAAUUGCAACCUGCGGACAGUCGGACACGUGUUAAUGAAAAUUCUGUUGAAGGAAAAAUUCACAUUUAUGUCUUUGAUAGUUCAUCCUACGUUCAUUCGUUCAUUUAGGUAACAUGUUUUGUUAUAAUUUGUUAUGUCAAGUAAUAAUUGAACUUCAUGUUUAUUUGUACUUUGAGGUGUAUAAUCUAACUUGUUUGUUUAAACUUUUAACAUGAAAAAUAUUUGUUGAAAUAAAAGUAUCAAAGAGAAUAUAAUAAUAAGAAUAUAUAAAAAAAGGAGUAAAUAAAAUUAAAAUUUCAAAGAGUAUAUAAAAUUUAGCAAUUAUUAUUUUGAGUAUAUAAACUACAAAUGAACCAUUGUUGUGAAACAAGGAUAACCAAAUACCGAUUAAAACUACCAGACUUGAUGAAUACUAUGACAUGACUUCAUGAUUAUUGGAUUACACAAGGAUUAGUAAUGGAAGAAUAUAAAGAAACAAAGAAGAAGUCAAGAAAACCUGAUAUAAAACCAGCGACAAAAAUGCCAAAGAAAAGUGUUAUUAAUAUUAAAAAACCAGUGAAAAAGCAGCGCCAAGAAGAAGACUUCUGUGCGCCCAACAAAAAAAUAAAGAUUGAAGAAUCAGUAUCAGCUGACAAUGCGAAUAUAGAACUGUUGGAGUUGAGUCAAAAGGAUUUCAACAAGACCAAAGUGAAACAAGAUAUAAAAAAUGAGGAAAGAGUUUUGGCAAGCUCCAGCUUCGCCGAGUGUUCAGAGUGGACCACCGUCGAUUACAUGCAGGAGGUCAACAAUGUAGAAAAAAAUAUUGCUGAGAAUUUAGUGAAACUCUUUGACGAAGAUCAUACUAUACCUUUCAUCGCGAGAUACAGGAGAGGCGUAACAGGGUCCAUGACGCCAGAUCAACUGAGAAUACUCAAGGACAGCUACGAGCAAGUGAAGGUCAUCAAGCAUCGCGCUGCGACGAUCAUCAAGGCUAUUGACAAGUUGGGAAAAUGGUCACUGGAAGUUCAUUCCGCCAUAACGUCCGCCAAGUCUCUCGGUGACCUUGAGGACAUUUAUUCCCUGUACAAACCGGCCUCAAAACGACUCGCAGAUAAAGCAAUGGAGCUGGGUCUGGGACCCGUCAGCCACGCCGUUUUGCACGGUCGAGAGAUACCGCCGCUGGCGUCCUUGAUAGACGAAGGGAAGAAGGGUUUGCGGAACAAGGAUGAGGUGAUGAGCAACGUUGUGUGCCUGACGGCGCAUAUCAUCAGCAAGGACAAGAGGGUUUUCGACAGAGCAUUUUCCCUACGGAAGACAACCGUCAUAGAAAUACACACAACCCUGUGCAAAACAAGUGAUGCAAAAAGCGCAGCGUGCUCUGCCUCUGAGCAAAAGUACGAACAGUAUUUCGACUUCAAGAUGAGGGAAAGGAACAUCAAGCCGCACCAGAUACUGGCCAUUAACCGAGCCGAGUCGCAGAAGGUCAUCAAAGUGAAAAUCGUCAUUCCGGACGCCCUUGAACAACAGUGGAAAAAGUAUUGCCUGUCGCUGUACACGCAUCAAAGGCAGAGAAUUGCAAAGGCAAUGAUAGAUUUGCUUAACGAGAGCAUCGAUUACGCCUACAAGAAGAUGAUGAAGCCCUUGAUAAAACGCCGCCUGAGAAGCGAACUAAAGGAGAGGGCGGAAACGGCGUCUAUCAACGUCUUCGCGACCAACGUCAAACAGCUGCUGCUCACUCCUCCCGUUCGGGGUAAAGUCAUUCUCGGUAUAGACCCGGGCUUUCGUCAUGGAUGCAAGCUUGCCGUCGUAUCUGAGCACGGUGAUGUCCUCGAGACUGCCGUUAUAUAUCCUCAUAAUCAGUCUGGGAAUUUCGAACACUCGGCCAACGCAUUGGCGAAGCUGGUGAAGAAGCACAGGUGCUCGCUGCUGGCCCUGGGAAACGGCACGGCGUGCAGGGAGACGGAACAGUUCCUGACACGGAUAAGAGAGUCGAAUGCAUUCGACUUCAAGGUGACGUACACCAUCGUCAACGAGUCUGGAGCCUCGGUCUACAGUUGCAGUCCUGAAGCAAAAUCCGAGUUCCUUGACCUCGAUCCAAAUUUGGUGUCGGCUGUCUCAAUAGCGAGGCGCUUGCAGGAUCCACUGGCCGAAUUGGUCAAGGUGGAACCGAAGCAUCUGGGAGUCGGAAUGUAUCAGCAUGACCUUCCUGAGAAACAACUGCUGAAUACGUUAGACGAAGUUGUCACAGAGGCUGUGAGUUUUGUGGGAGUGGAUAUCAACACAGCCUCUCAGUGUCUCCUGCGGAGAAUAGCCGGUCUUACGAAUUCCAGGGCUGCGAGUAUCAUAAAUUGGCGAACCAACCAUGGACCGUUUAAGAACAGAAAACAAUUGUUGAAAGUCAAGGGUAUCGGUAGCAAAACCUUCGAGCAAUGCGCCGGAUUUAUAAGAAUCUUACCGGAAACGGCUGCAGGCAACGAGAAAAAAACGGAAAAAAAUGUGGAAACAAAAUCGAAGAAAGCAAGACUCAAGGACGACGACCUCAAUCCCUUAGACCAGACGUGGAUCCAUCCGGAAUCGUACGCGAUAGCGACCGAGUUCAUAAAAUACUGCCAGUGCAAGCUGGAUGACCUGGGCACUCCGGAAUUUAUUGAGCGGAUAAAGUUUUGCGCGCAGAAGGAACGUGCGGAGCUUGUCGUGCGGAUGGACACCACCGAGAGCACCAUGGAGGUCAUAGUUGAAGCUUUGACCAUGAAGAGAGGCGAGGACAUACGAUUGAAGUUGAACAGUCCGCUGUUCCGCGACAGCAUGCGGAGCCUCAACGACCUGAGCAUCGGCGUCGUCUUGAGCGGCGCUGUGCAAAACGUCACGCAUUUCGGUGCGUUCGUGGAUAUAGGCGUCGGUACGAACGGACUGAUCCACAAUUCGAAAAUGAAAAAUCAAGCUCUGUGUGUAGGCCAGCGCGUAGAAGUGAAGGUAAUUGACAUCGAAUCAAGUCGCAAACGAAUAGGUCUCGAGCUAGAAAAAACGUUAUAGAUAAUCGGACACUCGCAUUGUGGGUGAAAAAAAUAUUGAUAGAUUUUUGUUUAAUUUAUUAUUAAUUUUUGCUGCUGAUUAUCACAGUCUACUAUUUUUUUAAAUUGAUUUUUCUGUAGAUUUUUCUUAUUAAAAUUUUACGUAUUACCUGAAAACAAUGAUGAGGAUGCUCCCAAAACAUUGAAUCAACCCUCAGUUUUUAUUUCUAUUGGCGUUAAACCUGUUAAAACGAAAUAUUUUAUCACUGCGCGAUAUUCAACUUUAUCCAUUAAAAAAAACUAUUAAACUUUUAUUAAAAUUGAAAAAAAAAGUUGUUUACUUUACACGACCGAACCAAAGAAACCAAUAAACGCAUCGGUCUGAAAUUCUACUUUUUUGUGGCAUUGAGACUUAAUUUUUAUAGAGAACAUGUGCAACAUUCUUUACGGAUACUUAGCAUUUUUACUAAGGUGUAUAUAUCCUACUUGGAGUUUAGUAGUUUUAACAGUUUCAUGCCAAAAUAAGUGUCAAUCAAAUUAUGUUCAGAUUAAACUAAGCUAAGAAAUGUAUUUAGAUUAUUUUGUGGCACCAGACAAAAGACAAUAAAAAAAUUAUCAAUUAUGUACAUAGUA